UACGCGUGGACUUCCGGACACGCCGCCUCCCUCACGGGCGCGAGCUGUACUACUACGACCAACUUCUUCCCACCGAGUUGUCGUCGUCUUCGGUCACUCAGUGUGGACUUUUACGCGGACCAACUCGUGGCAUUUGUUGAACCCUCACCUCUUAGGAGACCAUGUAUAUUUUGGAAAGAGGCAUGGAGUGUCUGCCCCAAGUCUUCUCCUACUUCGACGACGACUUCUGCCAAAGUUUGGUGAAGGACCUCCAGUCGUCCCCCGUGAAGGCGGGCCUCUCCAAGGGCGACCAGCUCAGCUUCGUGUCCGACAUCCUCCUGGAGGACCAUGACAUGCAGCUCAACUGGAACUGCGGCUUCCUCCACUCAGAUGAUGAUGAUGAUGAUGAUGAUGGCGGCGGGGGGCGUCGCCGCCGGCCCUCGGAGGAGGAGAGCGGCGAGGACGGCCUGUGGCGGUGCCUGGCGUCGGACAAGCCGGCGUCGGCUGCGCUGGGCUCCAGUCCGCUGCUGUCGGACAUGGACACCGCUAUCUUCGAGGGGCUCGCCGGCUCCACGCUGGACUGCCACGACCUGUUGGACAGCCGGGAGAGCGGCGAGGCACCUUCCGACUACUGCUCCACCGGAGGAGAGAUGUCCACGUACUCGUCCAGCGACUCCGAAGAGGAGAUCGACGUGGUGACGGUGGGGCACUGCCCCUCCAGACGGCGACGGGGGGAGGAGGAGGAGCGUCUCGCUCUCCAGCGCCACCUCCGCUUCGACAUCCAGCUGCAGCACAACUACGCCGCACCUCCUCCGGCCUCCCCGCCGCCUUCCUCGCCCACGAAGCAAUCCCGCCGCCGUUACCGCCACCGCUACCGCCCGUCACGGAAUUUGGCAGAGACGGAGGACGAACGGGAGCGGCGUCGGACUCACAACGUGAUGGAACGGCAGCGGCGCAACGAGAUGAAGAACUACUUUGCGCGCCUUCGCGACAGCGUACCCGAGUUGUCCCGCAACGACAAGGCCUCCAAGGUGGUCAUCCUGAAGAAGGCCAGAGACUGCAUCCGCGCCCUGGAGGAGCACGCCCGUCGGCUGCGGACCGAGCGGGACGGGCUGCGAGCCGAGCGGGAGGAGCUCAAAACGCGACUGCGCCGCCUCCGGACGUCAGCCCGCUUGUGAAAAAGGAUGGAGAGACUUUUGAGUUUUGCUUUCAGCAAUGAGGGCGGACGGUUUAGGUUGACAAGUGACAUGUUGACGUUGUUGUGAUUCAGGACUUGACGUGUCGGCGAAACUUCAAGACAGAAGCUACCCUACUUACCAACAUUCAAACAUACAAAGGGACUGCUGCGUUAGUUAAUAUUUUUGUUGGCAAUACUUCCGCAAGUCCGAAUUUUUUUUUUUUUUAGGUUUCUCCUUCCCGAGAGAGAAGGGUGCUCGUCCAGACGGAAGGUUCUUGUUGCGAAGAGGGGGAAAAAAAAAAAAAUUGUAGUCCUGAGAGAGAGGUGGGUACCAGUCCAGCGGGAAGGGUUAGCAUCGACAUUUCUAGUCCAGAGAGAAGAGGGUUUCUCGUUCUGGAGAGAGGUGGGUACUACUCCAGGGGGAAGGUGCUCAUCAGGAGAUUUCUAUUUCAGAGAGAGCUUUCUUGUCUCCCGAGAGAGAGAACGUUUCUUGUCUUCUGCGGUUUCUUGCAUAAAAGACAAAGGGUUCCUCGUCCUGAGAGAGGUGGUACUAGUCGAGAGGAAAGGUUCUCUCUGUGGGAAUUUCUUGGACCGGGAGGGGUUUCUCAUCCCUAAAGAGAGUCGCUUUCUUGUCUGUAGAAAGGGAAGAGUUCCUCGGCUGUGGAGACAGAAGGGUUUUCCGUCCCGAGGGAAGGUUUUUGUCAGAUCUCCAGUACCGCGAAAGAAUGUUUCUUGUCCCUGGAGAUCGAAGUGUUCCUCGUCCCGGGAGAGGGCAGGAUUUCAUUGUGAGCUUCCUGGUCCUGAGGAGGGCGUUUUUGUCCAGAGCUAGUACAAAGUGCAAUCACCAAUUGCAACUUAAAGGAAGCAAAUGCAGUUCAUGCGUAAAAGGCAGUAAGUACUGACUUUUCAUUUGAAAAUGCUUGUCAAUAUCGCGAAUUGCCAAGGACGCGCGUUGUACGUCUCCGUUGUUCUGCUUGACUAUCGGGUCGGUCGUGCACGGUCACAAAGUGCAAAGAACUCAACAGUUGCGAUUUCCCUGGUUGCCGAGUUCGUCGUCGUCGUCGUCGUUGUUUUUCUUCUGUUUCAUGCAUUCUUCUUCUGAGCUAGUGUUCCCGAAGCAAACGCCAAGUGUCAAAUAUGGCAGGUCCUCGUAGCGUAUGAUGCAAUUUUCCAGUUUCAAACGAUGCCUUCGUUUGUUCAUAACAGACGGUACGGUACGCUUUGCGCCCAAUUGUGUUUUGCUGAAAUCAGCCGGUUUUUAGUGUGCGGCCCUCAUCCCGACUUGUCUAAUCUUCGUCACUCGUGUGCUGUCGUCUUCGUGACGCUGCCUCAUCAAUGUUUUAGAUUUAGUAUUGACAAUUUGUCUUUUUGGACUGUUAAAACAAUUGAAUUAAACGCGUAAUGCCUCGAAACAAAGUGCUUUUGUCCUAAAUGAUGCGCACCUAUUCAGUGCUGUAAUAAAAGCACUUCCUCCCUUC